GGUGUCUGUAAAUAGAAACUCAAAGUCGAUCAGCUGACCGACUUUCCUUCUCCCUUUAUAAAAGGUGUAUCUUGCAGCCCUUAACGUCCACAGUACCAACAUAGCUGGUUUGAUACGGCUGGUUUUAAAAUGCAAUUCUCUGUGAUCGAGAGUCCGAUGCUGAUGAUGCAGUUCUGCAUCAGCACUCUGUGCAACAUUCUUGCGAGCGUCUUUUCAAAAAUUUGCUACUGGACACCCGGACUCAGAACGUCAUCAACAUCAUCCAUUCCGCAAAUUGACGGAGAAGUGAACCAAAGCAAAAAUGCGACGACUCCAACAAGUGUCAACUAUCACUUCACGCGCAAGUGUAACUACAAAUGUGGAUUUUGUUUCCACACUGCAAAAACAUCAUUCGUCCUGCCUCUGGAUGAGGCGCAGAGAGGCCUCAAACUCCUGAAGGAAGCAGGCAUGGAAAAGAUCAACUUCUCUGGAGGAGAGCCUUUCUUGCACGAAAAAGGAGAUUUUCUGGGGAAAUUAGUUCAGUACUGCAAACAGGACCUGCAGCUCCCGAGUGUCAGCAUCGUCAGCAAUGGAAGCAUGAUCAAAGAAAAAUGGUUCCAGAAAUAUGGCGACGAUCUGGACAUCCUGGCCAUCUCCUGUGACAGCUUUGAUGAAGAAACCAACCAGCUGAUUGGCAGAACUCAGGGCAAGAAGAGCCAUGUAGACAACCUGCACAAGAUUCGCAACUGGUGCCAGCAGUACAAAGUGGCGUUCAAAAUCAACUCGGUCAUCAACACCUUCAACGUGGACGAGGACAUGACGGAGAACAUCCUCCAGCUUAACCCAGUCCGCUGGAAGGUGUUCCAGUGUCUGCUGAUUGACGGGGAAAAUGCGGGCGAGGAAGCCCUGAGAGAGGCAGAGAGGUUCGUCAUCGAAGAACAGGUGUUUCAGGAGUUUCUGGAAAGACACAGCGGCGUCCCCUGCCUUGUUCCUGAGUCCAAUGAGAAGAUGAGGAAUUCCUACCUGAUCCUGGAUGAAUAUAUGCGUUUCCUGGACUGUCGAGAGGGAAGGAAGGACCCGUCCAAGUCCAUCCUUGAUGUUGGCGUGAAGGAGGCCAUUUCUUUUAGUGGCUUUGAUGAAAAGAUGUUUCUCGUGAGAGGAGGGAAAUAUGUGUGGAGCAAAGCCGACAUGAAGCUGGAGUGGUGAAAACUCGACAACUCAAUUUCGAUUUACCUUCGCAGUCAUUACACAGCUAAUUUGUACAUUAGUGUUUUUAGUUAUAUUUAUGUUACUUUUAGAACAAUUCCCUGCUUGUUGGUGUUGUUGUUGUUGAAUAAAAGUGUUAGGAUAAUACACUUAUUUGCAGUGGUUUUGAUAAAUAAAUAUAUAUUGUUGUAAAUACGUGCAUAUAUUAUGUGCUGCACUGCAUUCAAAUGUGUGAGGAAAAUAUGAUUCAAUAAAAAAUAUGUUUCAUUAUAAAA